UGAAAGUUUGAGGAUCACUGAUUUCAGAGAAACUUCCAUUUGCUGUUUUAAGCUUGUAAAAAACGAACAUAUACUAAAGCAAAAUAUUUUGCUUUCGCUACAAUCUUAAAGAGAUUAUGAAGCAGUGGAGUUUGUUUUCAAUCCUCUGUUUUGUCCUAAUAAGCUUUGGCAUUGCUUCGGUUUCAGCACAAACAUGUAUGGAUAAUGAUGGGCAUUUCAGGCCCAACGGUACUUACGACACAAACCGGCGUCUUAUCCUCUCUUCACUUCCUUCCAACGUCACGACUCAAGAGGGCCUCUUCUUCAACGGUUCCAUCGGACAAGAACCCAACCGUGUCUACGCAAUAGGGAUGUGCAUCCCAGGCUCAACUCCACAGGACUGUUCUGAUUGUAUCAAGUCCGCGUCUGAUGGUUUGAUACAGAGUUGUCCUAACCAAACAAACGCGUUUACAUGGCCCGGUGACCCCACGCUUUGCUAUGUUCGCUACUCCAACACUUCUUUCUUAGGAUCUUCGGAUCUGGACCCGCGUCCACUGUUCUUCAACACAGGAGAUAUAACCUCAAAUCUAACCGAGUUCACGACAAUAUGGGAAGGCUUAGUUGUUCGUAUGAUUGAUGCAGCCUCCACCGCAAAAAGCACACCAUCCUCUAGUAAUAAUCAUUAUAAAGCUGAUAUGGCACUCUUGACUGCUCUUGAGAACAUAUAUGCUUUGAUGCAAUGCACGCCAGAUCUUUCCUCUGGUGAUUGUGAUAACUGUCUGCGGCAGAGCGCAAGGGACUACCAGUCAUGCUGUGGUCAGAAGCAAGGAGGCGUUGUUAUGCGGCCAAGCUGCUUUUUCAGGUGGGACUUGUAUAAAUACUCUAAGGCCUUUGAUAAUAUCACGGUGGCUUCUUCUCCUCCUCCUCUUCCUCCUAUGGCUUCUCCUUCUCCUGGAGAUGAUCAGGCCAGAAGGACCAAUAAUGAUAGCAAAGGAAUCUCACCUGGAGUUGUCGCGGCUAUUACAGUUCCAACCGUCAUUAUACUUCUUGUUCUAGGAGUUGUUCUUUGUAGGAGAAGAAUGUCAAUGCAAAGAACUGACGUCGAAUCUGAUAGUGAUAUCUCAACUGCACAAUCAUCCCAAUACGACUUAAAAACAAUUGAAGCUGCAACAAACAAGUUUUUGAUGAGUAAUAAGCUUGGUGAAGGUGGAUUCGGCGAGGUUUACAAGGGUACACUUUCAAAUGGAACUGAAGUGGCUGUGAAGCGACUGUCGAAAAAGUCAGGACAAGGGAUAAGAGAGUUCAAGAACGAGGCCGUCCUUGUCUCAAAACUUCAACACAGGAAUUUGGUUAGACUUCUUGGAUUCUGUUUGGAAGGAGAUGAAAAGAUUCUGAUCUACGAGUUUGUCCCCAACAAAAGCCUUAACCAUUUCCUAUUUGACCCUAAGAAGCAAAGCCAACUAAACUGGACUAAGCGAUACAAGAUCAUUGGAGGGAUAGCUAGAGGAAUUCUUUAUCUUCAUCAAGAUUCACAGCUCACAAUCAUACACCGUGACCUCAAAGCCAGCAACAUUCUGUUAGAUGCCAAUAUGAACCCAAAAAUUUCAGAUUUUGGGUUGUCGACAAUCUUUGGAAUGGAGCAAACUCGAGGAAAUACCAGCAGAAUUGCUGGAACAUAUGGUUACAUGUCUCCUGAGUAUGCAAUGCAUGGUCAAUACUCCAUGAAAUCUGAUAUUUACAGCUUUGGAGUCUUAGUACUCGAGAUUAUAAGUGGCAAGAAAAACAGCAGAGCUUACCAGAUGGAUGAAACUAGCACUCCUGGCAACUUGGUCACUUAUGCUUGGAGGCUUUGGAGAAAUGGAUCGCCACUUGAGCUGGUGGAUCCGGCUAUUGGAAGGAACUAUCAGAGUAAUGAAGUCACUAGAUGCAUCCAUAUCGCACUCUUAUGUGUACAAGAAAAUCCAGAAGACCGACCAAUGUUAUCAACUAUCAUCUUGAUGCUCACUAGCAACACAAUCACUCUACCAGUGCCUCGCCUACCAAGUUUCAUCCCUCGGAGCAGGGACGAACUGGACCAGAUAUCUGAGGGACUAGAAUCAAGUCAAUCUACAGGAAGAUCUGUCGGUCAUUCUGUGAAUGACGUGUCAAUAACUGAUUUAGACCCUCGUUAAAGAUAGAAGUAUUCUCUAUGUGCAAACUUGUAUGGGACUUGUAUAAUCUUAUUUCAUGUAUUCUCUCUGUUUAGAAUUUAAGUAUUUAGCAUUCA